AUGGUGGGGCGGGGGCUAUGGGUGUGUAAGCCCCGCUUUGGGAAGCGGGGGGGCCGGUUCGGGGUGGUGCCUGCUCUCUGUGUGCUGAUAGUCAGUGCUGCCCUGCUAGCUCUGCUCUUCGUGGACUCCAUUGAGUCAUGGGCCACCUCCAUGAACAUGAACACAAUGGUAGAGGCGCAGGGGGGGAUCAUACCCCCACAGAGUGUCCCCCCAACCAGACCCGAGGAGUAUCUCCUUAUGCCCAGCCCUCUCGUCUGCCAGCGUGCCAAGCCCUACCUCAUUGCCAUGGUGACCUCCGCCCCAGCCAAUCAGAGGGCCCGCCAGGCCAUCCGGGACACGUGGGGUGGGGAGGUGGAGGUCAGGGGUCAUAGGGUCAUGACCUUGUUCAUGGUCGGGGUGGCCUCUGACCCCGGGCUAGCCAAGCUGCUGAUAGAGGAGGCCCGGGAACGAGGGGACCUGAUCCAAGGGCGCUUCUGGGACUCCUACUCCAACCUGACCCUGAAAUCCCUCUCCAUGCUGAGCUGGGCCCGACGCUUCUGCCCCCAGGCCCACUUCCUGGCCAAGGUGGACGAUGACGUCCUGUUCAACCCCGGGGCCCUGCUGCGCUACCUGAACAGGAGCACCGUGACCAACACCUACGAGCAUGGGGACCUGUACCUUGGCCGGGUCCACCUCCACGUGGCUCCAGACCGAGACCCAGACAGUAAGCACUACCUCCCGAGAGGGGCGUACCCUGCCUCUGUCUUCCCCGACUACUGCAGUGGCACUGCCUACAUCCUCUCUCGCUCCGCCCUGCUCAAGAUCUCCCUGACGGCUGCUGCCUCACCUCUGCCCACCCCUCUGCCCCCCGAGGACGUGUUUGUGGGUUUGUGUGCCCGUGCGGCUGGAGUGCUGCCCUCCCACUGCCCGCUGUUCUCUGGCGGGCCCGCAGUACCCUAUGGGCGUUGCUGCUACCAGGCCAUGGUGUCCAUCCACCACAUCUCCCCCAGAGAGAUGCUCCGGUUUUGGGCUGACAUCCGCUCUCCUCCCCCCUGCUCCUGGCUGGGCCUGCGCGCCUCCCUGGGGGUCUGUAAAGUCCGGGCCAUGCUGGGGACCUUUCUGGGGGUGGAGCAGGGGCUGUGA